AUGCCGGCUCCUUAUACACGGCCUGCCGCCGGGUCGGCCACCAGGAAGCCUGCACUACGCCAACCAUCCAGACGCAUUGCUACAACCACUGCCGAGAAAACUCAGUCUCCAGCAGCGGCCUUGAAACCGACAAAUACUAAUAUCACGCGCCUACAGAGAUCUCCAAGUGUGCAGUCGGUCGCCGGCGCGAAACGGAAAGAACGCGAAUAUGAACCAAAAGGAAACGAAGACACCAAUAUACACGUUGUUGUCCGCUGUCGUGGCCGGAGUGACCGCGAGAUACAAGAGAAUAGCGCUGUAGUCGUGUCGGCCGAGGGUUCAAAUGGCGUCGAACUUUCAAUGGGCCCGAACGCUCUAAGCAAUAAAGCAUACCAUUUCGACAAAGUGUUUUCCCCAGCGGCCGAUCAAACGACACUCUUUGACGAUGUUGUCACUCCUAUCUUGAAUGAGAUGCUAUCUGGGUAUAAUUGUACCAUUUUUGCCUACGGUCAGACGGGUACUGGCAAAACCUACACCAUGUCAGGAGAUAUGACCGAUACGCUGGGUAUACUCUCCGAAAAUGCAGGAAUUAUUCCGCGCGUUUUGUACUCGCUGUUCAACAAGCUGGAGGACAGAGAAAGUACAGUCAAAUGUUCGUUCAUUGAACUAUAUAAUGAGGAACUGCGAGACUUGCUUUCUCUUGACGAUAAGUCUAACCUGAAAAUCUAUGACAACGAAUCGAAGAGGGGCCACAAUAGCAGCACACUAGUGCAGGGUAUGGAAGAACAUUUCAUUCAUUCAGCCACUGAUGGAAUCAAACUACUUCGAGGCGGAAGCUACAAACGCCAGGUAGCUGCGACGAAGUGCAAUGAUCUCAGUUCCCGAAGCCAUACUAUAUUCACAGUUACAACAAAUGUCAAGCGUACAACGGAGGCUGGCGAGGAGUAUAUUAGCACAGGAAAAUUGAACCUGGUCGACUUGGCUGGUAGCGAGAACAUUCAAAGGAGCGGAGCAGACAACAAACGUGCGGCCGAGGCUGGCCUGAUUAACAAGAGUCUUCUAACCCUUGGGCGAGUCAUCAAUGCUUUGGUUGACAAAAGCUCACAUAUUCCAUACCGGGAGUCCAAACUUACGCGGUUACUUCAGGAUUCAUUAGGCGGUCAAACAAAGACCUGCAUUAUUGCUACUAUUUCUCCAGCGCGGAGUAACUUGGAGGAGACAAUAUCUACUCUUGACUAUGCUUUCCGCGCGAAGAAUAUUCGCAACAAACCGCAAAUCAACUCGACGUUACCAAAGAAGACCCUGCUUCGCGAGUACACAAUGGAGAUCGAGCAACUGAAAAGCGAUCUCAUUGCAACAAGACAUCGUAACGGCGUAUACCUCUCUGCAGAAGCCUAUGAAGAAAUGAAGAUUGAGAGUGAAUCUCGCAGGAUCAUCAACGAGGAACAGCGAGCAAAGAUUGAGAGCAAGGAAGCGAGCUUGAAACAUAAGACAGAGGAGCUGUUUGCUUUAACAAGCAACUUCAACAAUUUGAAAAAGGAUAACGAAGAAACACGUGCAGCAUUGAAUCAAACGAACGAUGUACUGGAACAAACCGAGAUCGUUCUUCGAGACACGAAAAAGCAGCUGGAACAAGAGGAAAAGAUCCGCCAAGCCCACCAAGAGACCGAAGAGAAACUCCACCAUAUUGGCAGUGAGCUGCUGCACAAAUUAGACCAAACUGUUGAGCAUGUCAAUGGCCUCCACAUGAAACUGCGUCGCAAGUCAGAUCUUCAUAAUUUAAAUCGUGAUACAUGGGAGUCUUCUACCGGAGAUGUCGUUGAUGUGACCAAGUUGAUUGAGGAUAGAGUCGAGAUAUUCAAAUCGGAGCAUUCAGAUCUUAUUCAGGGGCUAUCUGCUAAGAUCACGGACUUCAUCACAGCGGAACUGCAAGCGGUUGCCAGUGGUCAAUCACAGAUAAAUGUAUCUCGCUCACUUCUGAACGAGACGGCGAAGGAGAUGGCAGAGCAAUCAACUAAAGCCCAUGAUGAGAUGAACGGUGUUCUUGAGGAAAUCAAGGUGCUCCGAGAGGUAGUCAAGGGCAAAGUGGGCCAGGGACUUAAUGGUCUAUCAGCGGCUGCAGAGCGGAUCUCCAAGGAAGUCAUUGAUGAGAUGACCGACUUUCAUACUCAGCUUCAUUCUUCCUAUAGUACACUUGGCCGAGAUUUCAAAGCUAUGUUUGAAAGUAUCACAGGACACAUGGAGUUGCAAAAGAAGGAGAUAAAUGAACUCCAAACGCAACUGCUUGAAGCUAAUCGACAAGCCAUAGAAGGAAAUCGGUCAGCUUCCGCAGAACUUGCAAAAGUGUUGGAAGAGGAAAGACAAGCUGCAGAAAGCGAUCGUGUGGAGCUACUCUCUCAGAUCGGCCUGUUGAUUGAGACGUCAGGGCAAAAACAAGCUUCUCGUCUUAAGGGACGAGUGGAAGCCGUUACGUUUGAUUUGGAGUCAUCGGGUGAUAACUUGCAGAAGGCAACUGACAGAUACCAAGAAGGAAUGAACGAGUGGACCGGGAAGGAGGAUCAGCUGAUGGAAAGUGUUAUCAGUUCCAGAGAUACUAUCAAGGGACGUAUGCAGGAGGACUGGGAGGUUUUCGAGCAGCGUAAUGAAUCCAUCCAGAAAUCAACUGAAGCAGUCCAUCAAGAAACAGUUCGCAUCGUUGAUGAACAAGUGCAACAGAUGGCUGUCCAGAUGGAAGCGUUGGAUGACUUUGUGACCAGAGCAAGAUCUCAAAACGGUUCACAUCAUGAAUCUCAUCUGGCUAACCUAGAAAGCCUGGCAAGGGGCAUCAAGAUUUCCUUCGUAUCACUAGAAGAAGGACUUGGUAGUAUGAAUACUCAGCUUCAUACAUUCCAAGAGGCAGCCACCAAUCAAGAGGAUAGCAUCAGGCGAACUGUUGCUCCAUUUUCCGAAGAACUUCGGCAGCCGCUGGUUGAGCUAAGAAAUAACAUACGAAAUGCGCCUAUGACCGACUACAAGCCCACUGGAACGACUCCGCCCAGGACAUCCUACGAAUACCCCAGGACAUUACCUCGAACGGAAUCUUGCAGUAGCCUGCUUGAUAAGAUAAAACAAGCCACACAACCUGUAUUGACACCCCUUGAGGAGGAAAAUUUGGACCCCGGCUUAAGGCCUCCAUCCAAACACCGUAUGGGAUCACCGGUGAAAACCCGGGUCUACAAUGAUGCCGAGGACGAGGGAGGUCGACUUAAACGUCGCCGCGAAACAACACAACUCUAGUUCACCGGAACGAGAUUUUUCCAAGUCCAUGAUCGAUGUUUCUACAGAGGACCCGGCUCAACCGCCUCUUAAAAAACGACAGACUGUUUCGGAAAGCAAACUUCCUCAAAAAACUUUGACGCGCCGCGCACCACCUGGAACUGCCCUGGACGGCAGGGAGAAUGUCCCCCUUACUGCCAGUAUUGGACGUCGACUACGGAACAGACCGUCUAUUGGUUAGACCAAGACCAUUCAUUCAUCACGUCGUCUUGUUUUGUGUUAGAGUUGUAUAUAAUAGAUACCCCAAGUGUUUAUUUUGUAUACCAUUCGCUUGACUUUUAUUUGUUUUGUAUAUGGACUACCCGGAUGGUGGUAUAGUGCUGGCGUUGAUCCUGAUUUAUUGAUAGAGACUAAUCGACUUGUUGGAUUC